GAGAAAUGAAAAACCAGGAGGAAGCGAAGGAAACGCGGAGAGAUAAAGCUGCUAAAGAAAAAACAAGAAAACAAGAAGACAAAACAAAGGAAGAAGAAGAGAAAAGACAACAAAUAACAAAUACCGAAGAAGAGAAAAGACGAGAAGAGAAAACAAAGGAAGAAGAAGAGAAAAGACAACAAGGCAAAACAAAUAAUCAAGAAGAGAAAAGACGAGAAGACAAAGCAAACAACGAAGAAAGAAAAAGACAACAAGACAAAACGAAUGAAGAAGAGAAACGAAAAGAAAAACCAAAUAAAGAAGAAGAGAAAAGACAAAGAAACAAAACAAAGAAGGAAGAAGGGAAACGAGAAGAAAAAAACAAUCAAGGAAAAGGGAGAAAACAAGAAAAGCAAAAAGCAGAAGAAGAGACGAGCCGAGAAGACAUAACAGAUAAAGAUGGAAAGGGAAAGAGCAAAAGAGAAGAAAAGAGACAAGGGAAAAACGGGAAUAAAGAUGAAGUAAAGCGAAGACCAGAAAGAAGGAGGAAAGAAGAAGAGAGGAAAAACCGAGAGGAAGAAGAGAAGAAGGAAAAUGAUACGGAACAAGAAGAGAAAAGAGAGGAAGAGGAAGGGAAAGAAGGAAGGGAAGAACGAGAAAACGUAAAAAUCAAACGAAAGAAAGAGAGAGAAGAGGAAGAGAAUGAGGGAAAUGAAGAAGAAGAAGAAGAAAGAAAAGAAGAAGAAGAAGAUAAAGAUGAAGAAGACAUAGAGGAAGACGAAGAAGAAGAAGAAGAAAUACAAGAAGAGGAUUACGAAAUACAGGAAAGAGAGGAGACUAAAAAGGCAAAGAAAGAGACGAAGAGAAAGGAAAAGAGAAAUGGAACAGAAGAAAGGAGAAGACAAGGAGGAAAAGUGAAAAAUGAAGAGGAAAGGAAAGGAAAAGGAAAGAAAAUAAAGAAAGAGGAGGAAGGGACAACUAGGAAUAAUGACAGAAUAGGCAAAAAGACAGAAAAAGAAAAGGAAGAAAAAGAGAGAGAGAAAAGCAAGCAAAGAAGAUUGAAAGAAGAUGAUAAAGAGGAAGAGGAAAAUGAAUAUAAAGAGGAAGAAGAGGAGGAGGAAGAAGAAGAAGAAGAGAAAGAGGAAGAAGAGGAAGAUGAAGAAGACACAGAAGAAGAAGCAGCAGAAGUGGAAGAAGAAGACGAUAACGAUGGACAAGGAAAACGGAAGAAUAAAGAAGUAGAGAAAAGGGUGAGAAACAAAGCGAAGAAAGGGGCGAAGAGAAAAGAAAAUAUAAAUGAAGCAGAAGAAAGGAGAAGAGAAGGAGGAAAAGCGAAAAGGGAAGAGGGAAAGAAAGGAAAGGAAAAUAAGAAAAAAAAAGUGGUGGAUGGGGCAACUGAGAAUAAUCAGAGAAUAUGCAAAAGGACAGAAAGAGAAAAGAGAGAGAGAGAAAGAACCAAGCAAAUAAGAGAAGACAAAAACGCCAAGGAAGAGGAAGAAAAAGAAGAUAAACAAAGAAAGAAGAAAAGGGAAAAGGAAAAUAAAGCGAAAGUAGAGGAAGAAGAGAAAGUAGAAGAAAAGGAAGAAGAAGAUGAGAAUAAAGAAGACGAAGGAGACGAUGAAGAAAGAGAAGAGGAAGAAAGGAACAGAAGAGAAGCAAAGAGAAAGAUGAAGAGGAAACUACAGAAAAAUAUCCAAAAAGAGAAAACUGAAAAAACGAAACAGGGGGAGAGAAGGAGAAAAGAUAAAGAUUUAGAAGAGAGAGAGAGAGAAGAAGAAAUAGGAGCAGGAGAUGGCGUGAGAAUGGGAAUUAAAAAAGGAACCGAUAAAGGAAGGAGAAAGGGUCGAGAGAGAGAAGGAUACGGAGAGGAAGCGAAUGAGGGGAAAGAGGAAGAAGAAACAACGGCGAGAAAACGGAGAAACCCAAAGAAUGAAGGAGAUAGAACACCAAGGAAUGAAGGAGAGAGAAAAGCACAAAAAGAAGGAGAGAGAAAACCAAACAAAGAAGGAGAGAGAAAAGCAAAGAACGAAGGAGAGAAAACACCAAGGAAUGAAGGAGAGAGAAAAGCAAACAGAGAAAGAGAUAGAACACCAAGGAAUGAAGGAGAGAGAAAAGCUAAACAAGAAGGAGACAGAAAAGCAAAGAACGAAGGAGAGAGAACACCAGACGCGGAAGGGGAAAGGAAAAGAAUUAAAAGAGAAGGCACACCGCAGAUAGAUAAGGAAAAAACGGCAGAGGAAGAACACGAAACACCAACGCAUAAAAGAGGGAAGAAAGAAAAGAGAAGAGAAAGUGAUCAAAAGAGGAAAGUAGCAACACCUGAUAAAGAGGAAGAGACAACACUCAAGAGACGACCGAGGAACGAAGGAGGGGAAGAAAAAGAGAAAGAAAGCGGGGAAAUACAAGAGAAUAAAGAUAAGAAACCAACGAAUACAGAGGAAGAAAAAUCCCCCGAGAAAGAAAGGAGGAACAGAAAACAGAAGAAUGAAAGAGUGGGUAAAGAGAAAAGAGAAAACCACAGAUCGCAACGAAAAGGAGGAGAAGAAAUAUCGAAUAAUCCGAGUGAGAAAACACAAACGAAUGAAGGAGACAGAAGGAUAAGAGAAAAGGGAGAAGGGAGAACUGAAGAUGAAAGGAUAUCAACACAAAAGGAAAGAAAUUGGAAUAAGGAUAUUAAGGAAGAUUUCGAAGAAGACGAAGAAACACAAAAGGCCCACACAAUCCCUCGGGCGUCAAAGAAGACCCGCAGUUCAAACAAAGCAAAUCACACUUUUCCAGAAGCCGGAUUCUCUGACAUGCCCGUGGGACAUGGGGACAGGCGACCCAAGGCACAUGAAGUUGUGAGAGAGCCUAAAAGGAAGACUCUACGUCAGUGGCAUUCGGAUAACAGUGACAGUGAAAAAAGAAAAUUCUCAGCAAGGAAGGAAGGGAAAUUUAGAGAACGCAGGAGAGAUGGACACUCGAGCGAAAGCGAAGAAUAUGAUCCUGCCUUCGACCAACAGGACUCAGCAGGAUACUCUGUACAGCAACAAGAAGCUGGUGGCAGAUUCCCUAACAAUUCCACGAGACCAAAGUACCGGCAAAACAAGCCACGAGACGAUUUGAGAGAUCCUGGCACGAGGGCCCCAAAGGGAUGGCAUUCAGAUGACAAUGAUUUUGGAGAGAGAAAAUCCUUAGGAAGGAAGGAAGGGAAAUUUAGAGAACGCAGGAGAGGUGGACACUCGAGCGAAAGGGAAGAAUAUGAUCCUGCCUUCGACCACCAGGACUCAGCAGGAUACUCAGCCCAGCAACAAGAAACUGGUGGCAGAUUCCUUGACGUGAGACAAAAGUACCGGAAAAACCCAAGGAAAUGGGCGAGCGCACUUUCGGCACAUUCAGAUGACAAUGAUUUUGGAGAGAGAAAAUCCUUAGGAAGGAAGGAAGGGAAAUUUAGAGAACGCAGGAGAGGUGGACACUCGAGCGAAAGGGAAGAAUAUGAUCCUGCCUUCGACCACCAGGACUCAGCAGGAUACUCAGCCCAGCAACAAGAAGCUGGCGGCAGAUUCCCUGACAAUUCCGUGAGACCAAAGUACCGGCAAAACAAGUCACGAGAAGAUUUGAGAGAUCCUGGCACGAGCUCCACAAGGAAAUGGCAUUCAGAUGACAGUGAUUUUGGAGAGAGAAAAUCCUCAGGAAGGAAGAAAGGGAACUUCAGAGAACGCAGGAGAGGUGGACACUCGAGCGAAAGGGAAGAAUAUGAUCCUGCCUUCGACCACCAGGACUCAGCAGGAUACUCAGCCCAGCAACAAGAAGCUGGUGGCAGAUUCCCUAACAAUUCCACGAGACCAAAGUACCGGCAAAACAAGUCACGAGAAGAUUUGAGAGAUCCUGGCACGAGCUCCACAAGGAAAUGGCAUUCAGAUGACAGUGAUUUUGAAGAGAGAAAAUCCUCAGGAAGGAAGAAAGGGAACUUCAGAGAACGCAGGAGAGGUGGACACUCGAGCGAAAGGGAAGAAUAUGAUCCUGCCUUCGACCACCAGGACUCAGCAGGAUACUCAGCCCAGCAACAAGAAGCUGGCGGCAGAUUCCCUGACAAUUCCGUGAGACCAAAGUACCGGCAAAACAAGUCACGAGACGAUUUGAGAGAUCCUAGCACGAGCUCCACAAGGAGAUGGCAUUCGGAUGACAGUGAUUUUGAAGAGAGAAAACCCCCUGGGAGGAAGGAAGGGAACUUUAGAGAACGCAGGAGAGGUGGACACUCGAGCGAAAGCGAAGAAUAUGAUCCUGCCUUCGACCACCAGGACUCAGCAGGAUACUCAGCCCAGCAACAAGAAGCUGGCGGCAGAUUCCAUGACAAUUCCGUGAGACCAAAGUACCGGCAAAACAAGCCACGAGACGAUUUGAGAGAUCCUGGCACGAGGGCCCCAAAGGGAUGGCAUUCGGAUGACAGUGAUUUUGAAGAGAGAAAACCCCCUGGGAGGAAGGAAGGGAACUUUAGAGAACGCGGGAGAGGUGGACACUCGAGCGAAAGCGAAGAAUAUGAUCCUGCCUUCGACCACCAGGACUCAGCAGGAUACUCUGCCCAGCAACAAGAGGCUGGCACCAGAUUACAUGGCGCGUCCGUGAGAUCUAAGAACUGGAAAUACAAGCCACAAGAAGAUGUGAGAGAUGCUGCCGAAAAGAUGUCACACAGACGGGAUCGAGAUGACAGUGACUUCGAAAAUCAACAGUCAAGAAAGACAAAGGAAAAUGUCAGUGAUCCCAAGAACGAGGAAAAUGAAGAUGAUUAUGCAUUCAAGCCCCACAAGAUAGCGAAAUACCUAGCGGAUAAGGGUUUUAAGGUCCCUCUGAAUGAAUUGGAAAAUAAAUUCCCCAACAGUAUUGUUUGGGCCCUCGAAGAAAACCCCCAUAUUUUUGGCAUGGACAAGGAAAUGGUGGUGCUGCGGCCAGAGAUUAAGAUCUGCUGCCCUUACACUGAUGACAGUGGGUGCCCUAAAAGCUCACAAUGCCCUGAUAUUCAUAUCUGCCCCGAGUUUUUAUCAGGUAACUGUGACAUGGCAUCUUGUGAAUUAGGGCACAAGUGGAACACCACUCAUAACAAAAGGGCAUUGGGAAAUUUAUAUCUAGAUGGUCUAAAUCCCACCCAGAUACUUUCUCUCAUAAACAAGGACGAUGCAAUAGAAGCCUCUCCUGUGACCACUAAAUCGCUGUAAGGAAAUCAAGAAAAUGUCAUUGGUCUGGUAAGCCCUACAUAUCUGCCUUGGGUUUGUUGUCCGAGUGAAUGAUUCUUCUCACAGAAAAAUCCAGCUGCAGCACAGUCUCUUUAGCUCUGAAAACGACCAGCUGUUGCAGGCCCUCUUUUUCACCAUCAGAGCAUGGCUCGGAAUAAAUUGAUCGAUUUGUUUAGGAUAAUCCUUGCUAUCAACUGAUACUAGAGUGUGUUUCUAGCAUUACUCAUGGUACACAUACAUCAUCCUUGGAGAAUGAAUAGUAUAGUUUUAAGGGUCUGUAAUGUUAUCUGAAUCACAAGGACUCUUUUAACA